ACGUAUAGGAUUCAUGAUGGAUCCUUCUUAAAACGAAUCAAAAAUCGGAAAGUUAAUUAUCAGGCACAAGCAACACUUUCUCCUACUCCGAGAUUGACGGAUGCCUUCAGUCCGAAGCGGAGUCGACUUGGUAGUCUUUCGGAAAUCGAUGUGGAACAGGUUAAAAUAGCUAAUUAUGCGGAUACAGUUCGUCAGUUGGAUGCAUAUUAUGGACAAGUUAAAAGGCAGCUCUUAAAUUAUCAAAGUCCAAUAACUGGUCUUUUCCCGAGGCAUACAAAAGAUAAAGAUGAAGGAUACAUCAGAGACAGUAUUUAUUGUGCGACAGCUGUUUGGAGCCUUUUCCAAUCUUAUAAGAGACUUGAUGAUGACAGAGGCAAAGCAUACGAAUUGGGUCAAAGUGUGGUAAAAUGUAUGCGUGGGAUAUUAUUUUGUUGGAUGAAGCAAUCCGAGCACAAGAUGGAAAAUUUCAAAAUGAAUCAAUGUCCUAAGCACGCUCUCCACAGCAAAUUUAAUCUGAAUACCGGUGAAGUUAUAGUGUCUGAAGAUCAGUACGGUCAUCUACAGAUUGAUGUUGUUUCUCUAUAUUUAUUAAUGCUCGUUCAAAUGAUCACAUCAGGGCUACAAAUAGUUUAUACAAUGGACGAAGUUAAUUUUGUACAAAAUCUUGUCUAUUAUGUUGAACGAGCCUAUCGAACUCCUGAUUACGGCAUGUGGGAAAGAGGGAGUAAAUAUAAUAACGGUACCCCGGAAAUUCAUGCAAGCUCUUUGGGAAUGGCAAAAUCUGCCUUAGAAGCUAUCAACGGCUGUAAUUUAUUUGGUGAUAAAGGUGCAUCUUGGUCUGUGAUUUAUGUUGAUAUUGAUGCUCAUAACAGAAACAGGAGUAUUUUUGAAACGCUUCUACCAAGAGAAUCUAGUUCUAAGAAUACUGAUGCCUCUCUCUUACCAACUAUAAGUUAUCCGUGUUUUGCAACCCACGACGAACUUCUCUAUAAUCGGACAAAGGAGAAAGUUAUACGAAAGUUACAAGGAAACUAUGGUUUCAAAAGGUUUUUGCGUGAUGGAUACGGAACGUUUCUUGAAGAUACGAAUCGAAGAUAUUAUAAACAAUCUGAAACAAAGGAAUUCGACAAUAUAGAAUGUGAAUGGCCAAUGUUUUAUCUGUUUUUGAUACUUGACGGAAUAUUCAAAGGAAAGGAGGAGCAAGUGAAGAAAUAUCACUCACUUUUAGAAGGCAAAUUAAAGCAUGAUCGAUACGGCGAUGGAGUUAUAGUGAAAUACUUUUAUAUACCAUCUGAAUAUCUGGAAAAGGAGAGAGCAGAUCCUGGUUCACAAAUGCGAUGUCCUAGUGAAGAAGGGGACAGCUCAAAUAUGUUCCUUUUAGCUCAGUCAUUAUAUAUUAUUUCUGAAUUACUGAUCGACGGUUUGCUUCAUAUUAACGAAUUGGACCCGAUUAGACGUUACUUACCGUCUUACAAUCGUCCUCGGAAAACUGGACGAUAUUCGGCUUUUCAGGUGAGAAAUUUUCUGUUUUACGUUUAAGUCAACUUGAGAACUAGCAAAUAAAAUAUAUAAUUUGGUGAAAAAUAUAAAAGGCAGUUGUCAGGAGGGAAAGCAAAUCAUUGGCCUUAAGUUUCUAAAUGUGAUGCCACUGUAUGUUGUG